GAGAAACCUCCCGCGGCAUCCGCGGAUAACGGUGCCCGACCUUCAUCUCCAGCCGCGACUGUGCCGUGCGCGGGGCGGGGCGCCUGCGUGUGACGUCACUGCACCCGCCCCACUUUACAGGGUCCCUGAGGUGCUCGGCGGCCCGGGUCCGCGGGAGGCCGCGCCAUGAACGACCGGAGCAGCCGGAGGAGGACGCUGAAGAAGGACGAUGAGGCCUUCGAGAUCUCCAUCCCCCUGGAGGAGGCGCCCCACCUGGACCCCCAGCUCUUCUGCAGCCUGAGCCCCUCUCGGGGCUUCGAGGAGCCCCCCGAGGCCGCGUCGCCCACCGCCGCCCUGAUGAGCGGCGUCAGGGCGCAGCUGCACAUGGCCCUGGAGCGGAACUCGUGGCUGCAGAAGCGCAUCGAGGACCUGGAGGAGGAGAGGGACUUCCUGCGCUGCCAGCUGGACAAGUUCAUCUCUUCCGCGCGCAUGGACGCAGGUCACGUGCGCCUGUCUCCCCACCUCUCCCCAGAGGACCACUGCCGGGUGAAGCCGGGGCCCAGGCGGGCUGAGGGCGACGGCCGGGCCGGGGCAGCGGGCGAGGCCUCCGACCCCGAGUCGGCCGCCUCCUCGCUCAGCGGGGCGUCGGAGGAAGGCAGCAACCCCGAGCGGCGGCGGCAGAAGCAGAAGGGAGGCGCCGGCCGCAGGCGCUUCGGGAAGCCCAAGGCCCGGGAGAGGCAGCGGGUGAAGGACGCGGACGGCGUGCUGUGCCGCUACAAGAAGAUCCUGGGCACCUUCCAGAAGCUCAAGAGCAUGUCGCGGGCCUUCGAGCACCACCGCGUGGACCGCAACACCGUGGCGCUGACCACGCCCAUCGCCGAGCUGCUCAUCGUGGCGCCCGAGAAGCUGGCCGAGGUGGGCGAGUUCGACCCGUCCAAGGAGCGGCUGCUCGAGUACUCGCGCCGCUGCUUCCUGGCCCUGGACGACGAGACGCUCAAGAAGGUGCAGGCCCUCAAGAAGAGCAAGCUGCUGCUGCCCAUCACCUACCGCUUCAAGCGGUGAUGCCCCUGGCCCGGCCCCGCCCCGCCCCGCCGGCGAGCUGUGCGCACGGGGUGCCCCUGGCCAGGCCUGGGGGGCGGGCAGCGUGCUCCUGCGUGUGCCUCUCCUCCCCCUCCUGCGGACCCCCCACUCGCACCCCAGGUCCCUGGUACAGAGCCCCGCCGUCCUUGCUCCCCACGUUCCCAGCAUCCUUCCCCUUCCCAGGGCUGGGGGUGGGGACUCCUCCCGUGGCCAGGCUCCCAGGGCCCGGUCCAGCUCUUCCCUCCACACCGGCACCCCUCCCGCCCGCACCGGGCCCUCACUCCCGGGGGGAAAGGGCGGGGACACUGUACAUACACUCGGUCUCCGACCCCCCAGCCCCGACCGAGGACCCGCCUUCCGGACCACCCCCCCCCCCCUAGUCCACAUGAGACAGAGAAUUAAUUAUUCAGAGAAUUUAAAUUAAAGAGACGAUAAAAUUUGGAAUAAA